CAGUUAUUUACCAGCUGUGUCGAAAGCCAAUGUUGUAGUUUUCUCGUCGACGAUACCAAGCGUAACAGCAAUUUGAUUAAAACACAGUUAAAAAUGAUAAAUUUGCUUUUAAUACUGAGUCUGGUUUGGAGUGUCUUGAGCGUUAAUCAGCAACAUUCAACGCCACCAAAUAUACUUUUGGUUUUGAGCGAUGAUCAGGAUACAGAACUGCAUGGCCUACAUCCGCUGCACCAGACGAUGCAACUGUUCAGCAUGUAUGGAACACAGUUUUCGAACGCAUUCACCAGUACACCAAUUUGUUGCCCAUCGCGGGCAAGUCUCUUAACUGGUCAGUAUGCUCACAAUCACAUGACAUUUAACAAUUCUUUAACUGGAGGCUGCAACGGGCAGCUUUGGCGUGAAAAAUUGGAGCCACGGGCAUUGCCUGCUCUGUUACAAAAACACGGAUAUCAAACGUUUUUCGCUGGCAAAUAUUUGAAUCAGUACAAGGGUGAUAAAGUUCCGCCCGGCUGGCAUGAGUUUCAUGGACUUCAUGGCAACUCACGAUACUAUAACUAUACACUUCGAGAAAAUACUAAAAAUGUCAGUUAUACUGAUACAUAUUUGACCGACCUAUUAAGCGAACGCGCAGCAGCGUUUUUUCGUAAUACGGCUCAAAAAGAACGUCAGAAACCUUUUUUUGCUAUGAUUUCACCACCAGCUGCACAUGAACCUUUUACACCAGCACCGCGUCACGCGGGCUCCUUUGCCCACGUGCUCGCAUUGCGCACACCAAGCUUCAAUGCUCCUGUUACGGAUAAGCACUGGCUAGUUCGUUCAGCUGAAAGUCUGUCAAAUACCACAAUAUCCACAAUAGAUAAAUAUUUUCAAAUGCGAUGGGAAUCACUACUUUCAGUCGAUGAAAUGAUGACAAACUUGGUGGCAGUGUUAAAUGAAACUCAAUAUCUUCGAAAUACUUACAUUAUUUAUACGUCUGACAAUGGUUAUCACUUGGGACAAUUCGCACAACCUUUUGACAAACGACAGCCAUAUGAGACUGAUAUCAAAGUUCCCUUGCUUAUUCUUGGGCCAGGUGUGCCAGCUAGCGUAAAAUUGCAUAUACCAGUUAGUUUACUGGAUCUCGCGCCUACCAUAUUGGAGUGGGCAGGCCUAUCAGUUCCUGAUUAUAUAGAUGGCCGAUCAUUUAAGGAUGACUUAUUACGAGUAAAUGUAAAUGUGCAGAAUAUGAACAAUACGCUGCAACCUUACCAUCAGCGCACUUUACUUAUCGAGUAUUGGGGCGAAGGAAAUGAUGAUACCUAUAAUCCUCUGUGUCCAGGACAGCGAAGCGAUCAUUUAGCGCAAUGUACGUUAGUUGCUGAAUGUCAUUGCCAAGAUUCUUGUAACAAUACGUACACUUGUGUUCGAGAUUUUCGUUACAAUCUCGAUCGCAUCUAUUGCGAGUUUCAGGAUUUUGAGAAUUUUGUGGAAGCAUAUGAUCUAGCGAGGGAUCCAUAUCAAUUACAUAAUAUUGGAUUUGAUUUGCUUUCUAUUGAACGAGCUAUGUACGGUAUUUUACUCAAGAAUCUUACAAAAUGUGCCAGUAAAGCCUGUCAUGUGUAAUUAUACAUUUUUUUACUGUGAUCUAAUUAUGAUACUAAACAAUUCAGUUUGAAUUUAAAUAAAAUCACCCAUAAAUGCCCCGACUAUAGGAA